CGACAAACACAAACAGCAACUCGUUGCUCUCAUUUUUCCUUCUCUGCUCAAUCAUUUCUUGUUUGUUCGGACGAGAGGGGAUGUUCUUCUCCAGGUCUCACUUCAGGGCUGAUCAUCUACCGAAAUUUGCGAAUGCAUAUCUCCAACCAAAGCCGGGACACUGCUCUUACUAUAACUUGAGCCGUCGGCCAAGAGAUAUGGGUCGGAAGAAAAAGCAGAAGACAAUAAAUCAUGUCUGGAGACCUGUAUGUACUCAAACCCAUCCCAUUAGAGAACGCUUGACGACAAAUAUGACAGUUGAGGUGGAAAAUGAUAGUAAAAUCCUUAAAGCGCAUUGCAUAUGUGAAGAUUUUUCAAGUGCUCAGGAUUUAGUGGAAGGAGUUUUUCAUGUGACUCCUAGUUCUAGCACCUUGCAGGGUGAUGAUAAAGGCAUAGACUUUAAAGGCAAGUCGGCGAUUCAAGUGACUUCUGUUCAGGAUUGUUUUUGCUCAACUGCUCAAAAGCAUUCAGUUUCACUUGAGACGGCAAAGUGA